AUGUGUUCGCCGGAGCAGGCGCGCGUCGCGCCUGUCCCGGAGGGAGACGUGCCCCCGGAAUGGGAGGCGGACGAAGAACGCAUGGCCUUCCUGUUCUCCGCCUUCAAGCAGAGUCGGGACGUCAACGCCGCCGACUGGGACAGCAAGAUGGGGUUUUGGAGCGAGCUGGUGCUGAGGCGGGGGCGGCGCCGGGGGGAGGUGCGCGCUUGUUUGCGGGAGCUCCAGCACGCCUUCGAGCGGCGGGGCAGCGUCCCGUUGGGCCUGGGCACCGUGCUGCGCGAGCUGCUCAGACGUGGCAAGUUGCAGCGAGAAUCUGACUUCAUGGCAAGUGUAGACAGCAGCUGGAUCUCCUGGGGUGUGGGAGUUUUUAUUCUGAAGCCCCUGAAGUGGACUCUGUCCAGUGUCUUAGGUGACAGCAAAGUGCCGGAAGAGGAGGAGAUCUUGAUAUAUGUGGAAUUACUUCAAGAGAAAGCAGAAGAAGUUUAUCAUCUGCACCAGAACUCUACACUGUCUUCACACCCUGUUGUUGGCCUCUCAGAGUUGCGUUCCUUGUGUGCCACCGUCUGCCCAGAUGAAAGGACAUUCUGUCUGGUGCUGCUCCAGCUGCAGAAGGAAAAGAGGGUUAUAGUCCUGGAGCAGAAUGGAGAUAAGAUAAUGAAAUUUGCACGAGGUCUUCAUGCCAAAGUGUCCCCAGUGAAUGAUGUGGACAUUGGGGUGUACCAGUUGAUGCAGAGUGAGCAGCUGCUGUCACAGAAGGUGGAAUCCCUUGGCCAAGAAGCAGAGAGGUGUAAAGAGGAGGCCCGGAGUGCUUGCAGAACUGGGAAAAAGCAGUUGGCUCUGAGAUUUUUGAAAUCCAGGCGAAGAACAGAAAGGCGCAUUGCAGAACUUCACUCCAAGCUGGAUGUGGUACAAGGGAUUUUGGAUCGGAUAUAUGCCUCUCAGACAGAUCAGAUGGUAUUUAAUGCCUAUCAAGCUGGAGUGGGAGCUCUGAAGCUAUCAAUGAAAGAUGUAACGGUGGAGAAGGCAGAGAAUCUGGUGGAUCAAAUCCAAGAGCUUUGUGACACCCAGGAUGAAGUAUCCCAAACUUUAGCAGGAAUAGGAAUCAAUGGCUCAGAGGCUGACACUGAGGAACUGGAAAAGGAACUGCAUAAUCUCCUCCUGGACUCUUCCAAAGAUCUUCCAGACCUGCCUUCUGUUCCCCAGAAACCCUUGUUUCCUGAGUCUGUGGUGCUUCCCAGCAUAUCGGAUGCUGAGCUUGAAGCGGAGUUGGAGAAGCUGACGCUUUCAGAUGGAGGAUUGGCACAAAAGACUAAUUCAGGCUCCUCGCAGUCCGAAAGAGCUCUGGAAUUGCAUCUCUAAUGGCUCCAAAUCAGCUUCCUGCUAUGAAGAUGUCUUAAUUUUGAUGAUCGUUCUUAAAGAACUUGUGGAAUGUGGGCUGAUGCCCCCUCCUUGCUAGACAGCACUUUUUGGGGGGAAGAGACGGGAUGUACUGCUGUGACAAUCCAUCCUCUUUCAAACAGACCCCAACUGCUGUUGCUGUUGUCUCUUUCAGUGCCAAACUACAGUGUUCCUGAGUGACUUGCUCACCUGUGUUGCCAGUAAUGGUCUCUCUUCUCUGGCAAGUUGGCUCCUGCUGGUAUUUUAAUGUGCCACCCAUGAGAGCCCGCUUAACACUUAACAGAACUCAACCUAGGUGUGA